UAGCUACGACCCUGUAUUUGGAAUACGCCCUUUGGUACCAUCUGCGCAGAUAUCUAAUUGCAUGUUAUUUCCAAGUAUAGAGCGGGCGGUAGCAGCAGAAGUUUAAGAGGAUAUUCAUCAAACACAUACGGUAUGGCAGAAGAAAAGGCCAAACGAUUUAUACAAUCCAGCGAUGCCCGUGACGGUCAGGCGUACGGUACCAACUUUGGCGCACACAAACCCGGAAUGAGUAUGAUAGAGGUGGCCGAGUAUUACUCCAAAUGGGCAGAAGAUUACGAACAUGAUCUAAGCCAAGACAGAUAUCUAGGUCCAUUCUAUGCAUGCAAGGCAAUGUCGGAGGAAUAUCCGCUCACCACCACCGACCGGAAGUCGAUCAGAAUUUUAGAUGUGGCAUGUGGUACUGGCUUUCUAGGAGAAAAGCUUAAGGAAGAGGGCUUCACCUAUGUGGACGGCCUAGACCCGUCUGAUAAGAUGCUGGAUGUAGCCAGGACAAAGGAUUCAUACACAAACUUGUAUUGCGAGUUUAUGUCCGAUGCCACCCUUCCAAUUGAAAAUGAUAAAUACGCCUGCGUCGUCGUUGCCGGAGGGAUGGGGGAGGGCCACAUUCCGUGUGCAGCUGUAACAGAGAUGAUCAGGAUAGUUCAACCCGGGGGUUACGUCAUCAUCGUGAUGAGGGAGGAAUAUCUCACUCACGUGCAGGAAUACGCAGGAAGACUUGAAGAAUGUUUCCUUAAGUUUGAGAAUGACGGGAAAUGGAAACGGUGUUCACGAACAGUUGUAUCCAAGUAUUCGUUUGACAAUAACGGAGUGAUAUUUAAGUUCAGGGUUUGUUAGAUUUCGGACGAUAUAUGCAUAAUAUCAUUUCAGUGUAUGUUAACACAGAAGCAACAACGCGUGUAUAUAUUUAUGUUCAAUUAUGGUCAGAUAUGUUAUCAUUAUGUGUUGAUUUUCUCAACAUCAUUUGGGAUUUUGGCGUUCAUAACAACUGUUAUCAUUUCUAUAAGUUAUCAGAGUUUUUGAUGGAGACUAUCCGUAGUCGUAGCGAUAUCCGAAACACAUGGGGCAAUGGAGAAUUCAUUCUUGAAGCAAUAUAGAUACAUAAAUAAAACUUAUCUAAAAAAACAAGAA